CGAUAAGACAGAAAUUUUCUAAUAGAUAUUUAAAAAUAUCAACAUAAAAUUUAAUGAGCAAGUACUAAGAAAAUUGAAUUGCAAAAAUAAAAAUUAUAUUUAAAAUUUAAUUAUUACAAAAUUUAUUUUAAAAUUACAUCAACAAAAUUUACAAAUAUGUGAUCUAUUGAGUUUUUUAUCGCUCGUAUCUGCACUUUACCAAUCAAACAUUCGUAGAUAACAGAUAACAACUCAAUAAAUAGUUAAGUAUUAAUUAAUAUAUUUAGCACGUGCUAAAGUGUACAUGGUAAGCAACAGUGUUUACAAAUAAUUAAUCAUGGUGACUCGAUUAAUAUGUAACAGUUUUCCUCGGUUGACAAAACAUCAAAUAAAAAUAGGAGAAAAAAUAAUUUUUCCAAGUAACCAUCUAAUUUAUUAUAACAUAUUUUCAAAAUAUAAGUCAAUAAUCGUUACGAGGUCCAGUAGUGGAAAUAGUAUUGACCGAGCCCAAGCAAAACAAAAUAUUCCACAAGCUAAAUCUGUAAUUACACCUGUAAAAAAUUCAUUGAUUGUUGAUGGAGUUACUGGUAACAAACCUGGGCAACAAAAACGAAAUUGUUUCCAUCCAGGAGUAUCCAAUUUAGGGGAAAAAACUUUUAAUUUAAAAGAUAAUCCACCGAUAACAAGUUCGGAGAUGAUAAAAGCAAUGCUCAGUUACAUUUGGCCAGAAGAUGAUCCAGAAAUACGUAAAAGAGUCAAAAUAGCAGUUGGUUUAUUAGUUGGUUCAAAGGUAGUAAGUGUUACAGUACCAUUUUUUUUUAAACACGCAAUUGAUAAACUUAAUGAGGUAUCAGUAUCAGCUGGAGGUGAUGCGAUUCUUAGUUUAAAUACAGCACCAGAUACAGUUAUCACAAUAGCAACUUCACUUCUUUUAGGAUACGGUAUCGCGCGUUGUAGCGCUGCUGGUUUAAAUGAAUUAAGAAAUGCCGUGUUUUCAAAAGUUGCACAGAAUUCAAUACGUAAAAUUGCUAGAAAUGUUUUCCAACAUCUACACAAUCUUGAUUUAUCUUUUCAUUUGACAAGACAAACAGGAGCGUUGUCGAAGACUAUUGACCGAGGAAGUCGUGGAAUUAACUUUGUUUUAUCAGCAAUGGUAUUUAAUGUCGUGCCAACAAUAUUUGAAUUGGCAUUAGUCAGUACGAUAUUAGGAAUUAAUUGUGGAAUUGAGUACUCAGCAAUUUCUUUAGGAUGCGUUGGUAUUUAUACAGCAUUUACUCUCGGUAUAACUCAAUGGAGGACUAAAUUUCGUGUUUAUAUGAAUAAAGCUGAAAAUGAUGCUGGUAAUAAAGCUAUCGAUUCACUUAUUAAUUAUGAAACAGUUAAAUAUUUUAAUAACGAAAAAUUUGAAGCUGAAAGAUAUGACGCGUCAUUAAAAAAAUAUGAAGAGGCAUCAUUGAAAACUAGUACCAGUUUAGCAUUACUUAAUUUUGGACAGAAUUUAAUUUUUAGCGGCGCCUUGACAUUAAUUAUGUUGAUGGCUGCUAAAAAUAUAACUAAUGGAACAAUGACUGUUGGUGACUUAGUUAUGGUCAAUGGAUUAUUAUUUCAAUUAUCAGUACCAUUAGGAUUUCUAGGAUCUGUUUAUCGCGAAGUUAGACAAGCAUUGAUUGAUAUGCAAACAAUGUUUUCAUUAAUGGCACGACCACCAGCUAUUGAAAAUCAAUCAAAUGCUAAACAUUUUGUUAUUUCACCAGCAACGUCAAAUAUUUUUUUUGAUAAUGUCAGUUUUCAAUAUAUACCAGGAAAAAAAAUACUAGACAACAUUUCUUUUACUAUUUCAAGUGGAAAAAAAGUUGCUAUUGUGGGUGGAUCUGGAUCUGGAAAAACGUCAAUCGUCAGAUUAUUGUACAGAUUUUUUGAUCCACAGCAGGGUAAUAUUUUAAUAAAUGAUCAAAAUAUUUCUAGUGUCGAUUUGAAUGAAUUAAGACAAGCAAUCGCUAUUGUACCACAAGAUUCAGUAUUAUUUCAUGAAUCGAUUUACUAUAAUUUGAGUUAUGGAAAUUUAAAUAAAAGUAGAAAUGAAGUUUACGAAGCAGCAGCGAUGGCUAAUUUGCACGAUGUUAUUCUUAAAUGGCCUAAAGGAUAUGAUACUCCGGUGGGUGAAAGAGGCUUAAAAUUGAGCGGCGGUGAAAAACAAAGAGUUGCCAUCGCGCGAGCUAUUUUAAAAAAUAGCCCGAUAUUGAUAUUUGACGAAGCUACAUCAGCAUUAGAUUCAAUAACAGAAUUACAUAUUUUGGAUGCUUUACGUCGUGCGACUGUUGGACGAACUUCAAUCGUUAUUGCUCAUCGUCUAUCGACAGUUAUGGAUGCAGACGAAAUACUAGUGUUAGAAAAUGGAAAAGUUGCUGAAAAAGGAACGCAUCAAGAAUUAUUAAGGAAAACGAAAUCUGUAUAUAAGAAUCUAUGGAAUGUUCAACAUUUAGGUGUCAUUAAUUCCGACGAAAAAAAUUAUCCGGAAGGCAAUAAUUAAAAUAAAGUAAUUUAUUAUGUUACUUUUUAUUUUAACAUCUGAAAAUAAUAUAAAUUUGCAUUUGUUUUUUCACUGUAUUUAAUUAAUUAUAAAUAAUUGUAAAAUAGUUGACACUUAUCAAUUAAUUUGGUGAUUGAAAGUAAAAAAAAAUUACUGGGUUUUAAAGGCGGAUGUCUUACACAGAUCCCGAUGACGCAGAUAUAUUGAUGAUCCAGAUCCCAAAUAUUUAUAUUCCCAUUACUCAGAUUCCUGAUGAUACAGAUAAUCAAUUACCCAGAUUUCGAUGACACAGUUGACUUUCUUACUUACUGACCGUAAAUCUUAAAUCAAAAAGAAAAUUUUGAAUUCAAGAUUUUCUAUAGAUUAUUUUAGAUGAUGGAAAAUCCUGAUUUUCUAUGGAUUUUCUUAGAUGAUGACGAGUCCUGAUUUUCAAUGGACUUUCUAUAAAAACUCUAUAAAAAUCCUUAGAAAUUCUUGAAUCCAACAUUUUUAUUUUGAUUUAAGAUUUACGGUCAGUAAGUAAGAAAGUCGUGUAUCAUCGGGAAUCUGGAUCAUCAAUACAUCUGCGUCAUCGGGCUCUGUGUAAUAGACAUCCACCCAGUUUUAAAACCAAAUUUAAAAAAAUAAUUAAAUUUCGAUACAUAAAAAACCUUAACAAAUUAAAGAAAUAGACUACGAAAGUUUUAUUGGUUUUGUAAUAAAGUUUUUUUUUAUGAGUAUGAAUGUAGCUGACAAUUAGUAAUUUUUUGAAUUUUGGAAUAAAUAAAUGAAAUGUAAGUAGAGUAGAAAUUAAAAAAAAAUGCGUAUUUAGAUAAUUGAAAAAUCAGUACGCGCUUUUUUUCAAUUUCAUUAUUUUAAUUUAUUUAAAAUUUAUAAAUUGUCUCAUGUCUGCUACAAUCACACUUAUUUUUUUUUUUUUUAUAUAAUUGUAACAAUAAUAUUUAUUGUUGAUGACUUGAUUUUAACAAAACUUAUAUGUUCAAGAUUUAAAUGGAAUAAACCCUUAAAUGUAACAAUUUAUUAUCAUUAGAUUUGAACACAAUGAUCUGAAAAAAUUACCGAAUACUUCAAUUUACAAAAUUUGAGAAAACUGCCAACUUGUAUUAAAUAAUGUAUUGCCAAUUUUAUUUUAAUUUUAAAUUAUUGUUAUAGAAUUUAUAAAACUGUAAAAAGUAAUGUUGUUAUUUAUUGUUGUUAAAUUACUAAUUAUAAUAAAUUUAAUUGGUAAAGUAACAGACAUAUUGCUUACCAAUUGAUAUUAUGUCUUGUAUGAUAAAAAUAAAAUACAUUUAUUUAUUAUUAAUUCAUAUACUCAGGUCGAAAAAUUUGAUUUGAUUUUAGUCUAACUAGAUUGUAUUUGGACUAAUUCGUGUGUCUUUAAAUUUUUACAAAAAUUUUAUAAUGUCUUUAAUCUCAAGAUGAUUAAAAACACACUAAUGAAAAUAACAGGCAGUAAAAGUCUGAUUCUGGUUUGGAUAAAAACAAAAGAAGGCAAAAUAUUAUGAGAAGAAAGUCUGAUUUUGAUCUAUAGGCGACCGAAACCGGACUAAAAAUUAUUGACAAUGUCUGAAAAUACUCUAAAUAAAAAAUAGUACAGGUGAAAUUCAAUUCAAUUUCACAUGUUAAUUAAAUAUACAAAUAAAGAGUAAAAUUGAAUAGAAAUAACUAAAAUUCUUAUUUAAUGAAACAUCAAAUUUUUCGAUCCGGGUUUGCUGUUAAAUUUUUUUUUUAAAACCGUUUUAAUUUUACAAUUAUUUUGAUUAGUGUGAUCUAUCAAAUCCUUCUAAAACCUUUUUAUAGAUUGUAAGAGACCCGGUACCCGAUCAGGAAACUAGUAUCCGAUCACUCAUGUAUUUUUAUAUCUAUAUUUACUAAAUUUUACAAAAUAUAGGUAUACAAAUACAUGGAGUGAUCGGGUACUAGUUCCCUGAUCAGGAACUAGAUAUUUUACCUAUGCCACAAAAACUAAAACAAAAUAAAUAACUGAUAAAAAAAAUUAAAAUGAAAUAGAAAAAAC